ACGGUACAGUUUGGCUUCCCUCAUCGCCCAAGCGCCAUCGCUUAUGAUCCUAAACUGCGAUUGCUGGCCAUUGGAACUCAAAAUGGAGUAAUCAGGGUUUAUGGCCAACCUGGAGUCGAAUUUACAGUUCGCCACAUGAGCGAUGUGGUGAUCACACAUUUGUUCUUUUUGCCAGGACAAGGACGUAUAAUCAGUAUUGGUGAAGAUAAUAUGAUAUGCAUGUGGGAAAUAAAUACCGAAAAUCAAGUAUCACAAUUAGGAGAAACGAAGAGAUACCUUUUAGACGGAAAGUAUAGAAUCUCGGCUUGCUGUUUAGAUGAAGAUGCUAAGCAUUUGUACAUCGGCACUGAUGCUGGUAAUAUCUAUGACUUUGAUGUUGCCGAACUUACGUUAGUUGAAGAUCCACUUAUUCACCAAGAUGCUGUAUUGCAAAAUGUAUCUGAUGAUAAUAAAGUCAACCCUGGUCCUAUUGAAUCUAUCACUCAAAAUCCAUCUGAUAGCAAUCAGCUCCUUGUUGGGUAUAAUCGUGGCUUUGUUGCAUUGUAUGACCUUGCUGGAAAAGAAGUUGUCCAUGUUUACAUGGGAACCUUGGAAUUGGAAUCUUUGUGUUGGCAUAAAAGUGGCACACAAUUUAUCUCAGCUCACAAUGAUGGCAGUUUCGCGGUAUGGAAUGUUAACGACCCUGCUAAUCCAGAACAUCCUCCAUCGACCCCUUAUGGACCAUUUCCCUGCAAAGCUAUCAAUAAAAUUGCUUGGGCAACUUCUGAUAGUGAUCCAUACAUCAUCUUCUCUGGUGGUAUGGCACGUGCAAGUCAUGGUGACCGUCAUUGUGUUACUGUUAUGCAAGGCAAAAAGCAUAUCGUCUUUGAUUUUACUUCUCCAGUAUGCGAUUUCAUACCUUUCUACGGGGAUAAUGCCAGUGAAGAUACUAGGGCUGUUGUCAUUUUGUUGGAAGAAGAAUUGGUAAUGAUAGAUCUCUAUCAUGAAAGUUUUCCGUUAUUCCAAAAGCCGUACCUUUCCAGUCCGCAUGUCACGCCAAUUACUACUUCUGCCCAUAUAUCUGAUUGUCCGCAAGAAUUGCUUGAAAAGAUUCGCUCCGCUGGGACUCUGCAAUGCAAGAAUGAAUAUUCCGAUUGUCCUUGGCCAAUUGACGGUGGCCAAGCUAUGAAUAGUGAUAGUAAUAGAUCGGAACUUCUACUAACUGGUCAUCAAGAUGGCUCAAUUAGAUUUUGGGAUGUUAGCAAUACUUCAUUGCAAUUAUUGUAUACUCUGUCGACAUCUUCGUACUUCAUUACCGAAGGUGAUGAAGAAGACGGUGACAAAAAUGAAGAAGAAGAUAAUUGGCCGCCAUUCAGGAAAGUUGGAAGCUAUGAUCCUUUUAGCGAUGAUGCACGUCUCGCUAUUCUUCAUUUGCAUUUAUGUACAUUCCGUAAUACGUUGGUUGCAGCUGGAGCUGGUGGCCAAGUUUUAGUAUUUGAAUUAUCAGAAGAAGCAACAGAACGUGAACUUGAGCCGAUCCGUAUUGAUUUACCGGAUGACCAAGAAUUCCGUUGGGGUGGUAUGGAACAACUGAUGAGUAGAAAAGAAAGCAUCACUAUGCAACCAGGUUUUCAAGCUACUCACUGGGCUCAGCUAUAUCCUCCAGAUGCAGUGACAGCCCUAGCAGUUCAUACCGAAUGGGAAUUAAUUGCUGUAGGUUGUGGACAAGGAUAUGGAAUGUUUGAUUAUAACAAUGGAUCAUCAGUCUGGAAGAGAUGGACUUAUGGAAUUUACGAAAAAGACAGCGCAAUCAACCCAUUCAACCGCUCAAAAUCAUUCAGAAGGUCGAUGAGAAAUUCUGUACGUCGUGCUCGAAGUUCUUUCCGUCGCCGUGGUGGAGCUGGUGGUAACACUCCCAAAAAAUCUGGUGACGUUGAAACAACUGGAUCACGAAGAAUCGAACCUAGAGAAGAGGCGUCCGGCUCUCUUGUGCGUUCGUUGUACUUUGCCAAUACAUUGAUUCGCGAAGGUUACACUCAUGGGCCAACAUUGUGGGCUGGAACAAAUUUAGGUUCAGUUUUUGUUGAUCAUAUUACUUUGCCCGAUAAAGAAGCUAGAUCAUCAGAAAAAGUUAAAGUUCAGGAAGCUAAGAUUAUUCAACUAGAGCAUAGAGCACCAAUUGUUGAUGUCUUAAUUGCUGAUACCAAGGGAAGUAUAUUGCCUGAACCUUUUGAAGUCGAAUUUGGAAAAGCUAAAAAGCCCGCUUCGAAUGGAGCGCAUUAUGCUGUUAUUGUUUCGGAAGAGCAAAUUAAGGUCUAUUCGUUGCCAUCAUUUAAAUUCCGUAAUAAGGAAAAACUCACUGUUAUUGAUGGUUCCCGUGUCGCUAAAAGCGGUUUAAUUAGAGUCAGAGGUAAAUUUGAAUCUAAUAAUGCCCCAGGUUUAUUAGGAUGCUUAACAAAUCGUGGAGAACUGGUUAUGUAUACCGUCCCUGAUUUACGCUUAGUGGCUCGUAUAAAUUGUAUUGGAAAAGAUAAUGCUAUUGCAAAACGAUCUGCAAUUGUUUCAAGAAAUGGACAGGGAUUCUAUUUACAAACACCUAGUGAACUUCAACGUUUCUGUAUCACUAAGGAAGGCUACAUAUCGUCUGACUGCGUAGUGGAAGUGGACGAGAUGUACCGUCAAAGUCCAGUGAAAGCAGAGCCAGAAGGGUCUGCAGAUGGGUAA